AUGAGCGUUGCUCUAGAGGAUCGAAAGGAAAUAUUUAAUACAGAUCAUCGCCGCUUCAUACCCGGGUUGCCCAAAGUCAUCAUCUUACCUACACUCCAGCUGUACCUCUUCACCGGAGCAAGAAUUGGAGCUUUCGUACCUGCCCACGAGGAUAAAAAGGAGAGAGGACUUCGAUUCAAGCACAUCGAGCUUGUGUUGUUUCCAUCCUCUACGGCACCAUGGAAACUUGAAUGGAAGGUGAAUCAAGUGUGGCUCAAAAAUAAUCGAGACCCAAAUUACACAGUCUUGGGGAUUGGAAUCCGCGACACCAAGAAACCGCAAUUUGCCGCUGGCUACAUUCUGCUGGCACUUGCGCUUGAACACGGUGCUCUUUUUGGGGUUAGCAAUGUGGAGGAUCUGGCCCAGUAUGACCUUUCAAAUGGACCGAUUCCGCUACGCUGGAAGGACGAAUAUCUGGAAAAGCCUGUUCUCAGGAACGUCACAGCUGAUGGACCCCAAGAUGUCCCGCUCGCUAAAGACGUCUUUUGCGAAUGCUUACGCGUGAUAUUCACCGCCGCUGGUUACAGCAAGAGGCCUAAAGUCCACGAUAUUCGGAAAUUUCUCGGAAAGAAAAUUGAAGGGAAGCAUGGCUCUGCAUUGGUUUCGCAAAUCUACGGUCACAAAGGAGCAGGGACUUACCCGAAGGAUUACCUGUUACACUGCUCCUCGAUUGACACAGUCUCAGCCGUUCUAGACGAGGAAGAUCAAUCUGAGCAUAUUGAGUACUUUCAAGGCUUUGAGCGGUUCUAUGAACCGGGAUUGCCUGGCGAGCUUCCGGCGGGAAUUGAGCAGAGUAUUUUGGACAAGCCAGAACUAUUGGAGAUCAGAAGCCGGAUCCAGCGACUGGAAGACCACAAUGCCGACAAAGAAUCCAUAAAUGCGGAGAGACUGAACUAUAAAAAGACGAUAGUCCACCACCGUCUCUUCGAGCUGAAGGAAUACCAGGCCCACUGGGUCCGAGAGAGGCGAGACCGAAGGAUCCUGAAUAGAGGAAAACAAGAACCGUUGACUUUGGAAAACGACGUCCGCACACGAGCUCAAGCUCUCAGUAUGCCAGAACUCUCACGAAUUGCAGCAUUGAUGUCUUGCAACAGGGAGCUUUCUUUUGAUGAAAUGCUUCUUUUCGUGCAGGAUCUACAGAGCCAAUGUGCCCUAGAUUUUGACGUGGUUUACCUGCCUGGUGAAAGUCCUACCCAAGGACUCUGCCCCGCAAGAGGUUGCCGAAAACAAAUUGCAAGAAUUACAAAGUCCGAAAGAAAUACCCACGUCCACGACUGUGUCCGCCAUGAGAAAGCAUUGGAUCUACACCUUUCAGAAUCCAAGCUGCGGUUCUGCUAUCAGUGUAUGGAAUGGCUCACCUCAAGCCAAUGGCGAGACCAUUGUAAUGUUCAUCUCGAGGCCUGGGAUACCAAACACUGUGAAGUUAUAACAUAUCGCCGCACAGUGAUUCGCCCUGGGCACUGCCCAUUUUCCUUGUGGGAUUUGAAUCUUCCAGCAGAAGAGCGGUUGUAUUACUGGCUCAAAAGUGGCAACCUGAAGAAACACAUUGAAGAACAGCAUAUCUGCGAGCAAAAGGAGCCGCCGAAGAAGCUCCGUUUCUACCGCUACCCGCCUCCGCGUUACGAACAUGAGCAUCGACUGUCAGCCAACAUAUUUUUGCCCGUCCCGACCUUGCUCACGUUUAUGGAAGAGCACCCAGAGCAAUAUGAUUCCUCCAAUGUCAGUGACGAGUCAACUGAAAGCAGCUCAUUUGUGUCUUGCUUUUCCGACGCAGAAACUCCGCUCAGUUCGCGAUCGAGAACUCCUCAGUUGGAGGAUUUCAUUGAUCCGAGGAUCCUUGAGCCCUUUCAGGUUGACAAAGAGGGGGUAUAUCCGCCUUGUGGUCAAUCUUCUGUGCAACUUGGCUCUAUAAGAACCCCUUUGGAAGAGCAUGAGACCAAAAGCAAUUCAUCCUGCGAUUCGCUUUGCCCACGAACUUGCAUUCCAAACCUUGCCACCCAGUCCGAUUUUGGUGUCGAGACCAAUGGCCGUUGGUCUGUCGAGACGUCAGGCACCCCAACGGAGAUUUCGCGCCAAGCUUGUGACGAAGUUCCCAGCCAGCUGCAUUCGCUCAGCUAUUCCGUAAUUCAGUCUGAGGCUGGGUUAAAAUCACUCAGUGAUAUGAAACAGUCACAAUGCUCUCCCCCAAGUUUUACUCCCAGUGAGGCGAACGAACAGAAGAAAGCCUUGCGAGAAGAUUGUCCCAUCUCAACGUCAGACAAUAAGGGAUCUCCUGUUGCGGUACAUGAGCGAGGAAAUCGUCCGCCAGCCCAUCAAGGAGUCAGUGAUAAAGUGAAUCACCAUGCUGGGGAAUCGGCCAUUGGCCGUUGCGGGACUCUCACAAGAACCAGGGCGAAACGAUGA